AUGUUUUCCAAUAUAUGAAUGACUUAGGUGCUCUAUAUAUAUGUUGGUGUCUGUUAUUAACGACUCAAUCAUUAACCUUAUUUGGUGAAGCUUGCAUUGCUAGCUAGCAAGCUAGCACUGAAUCAGUUAAGGUCCAAAAAUGGCAGAGAGUAACCAAAGAGAGCUGGACAUUCAUGAUGAUGAGUUCAUAGAGGUAGAUGACUUUUCUGCAAUUCCAGUGAGCACUGCAUCGCCUCCAGAAAUAGAUUCUGCGGCGCCGCAGGAUCAUGGCGCAUCAGCGCCUUCGAUGCAAACAGAUCAAUCUAAUCCUAGCGGAAUGAGUUCACCGUCUUUGUCGGAGAAGCCGCUUCUGAAUCUCUCUAUAGUGCCUGUAAAUAUAAGAGUAACCCCGAGGUCUUACACUCCCAAUUUCUUCACGCCAUUGGGUAGCCCUAUCAGAAGGGCUAUCCAACUUACCAAGUUCGACCCUCAGGAUGCUUGGCUCCCCAUCACCGAGUCAAGGAACGGCAAUGCCUAUUAUGCUGCCUUCCAUUCUCUUUGCUCCGGUAUCGGAAUUCCGGCCCUUGUGCUUCCCGUCUCCUUCACCGUUCUUGGAUGGACAUGGGGGAUCAUAAGCUUGACGGUGGCGUUCAUAUGGCAGCUCUACACUCUCUGGCUUUUAGUCAAGCUUCACGAAUCCAAGGAAACUGGGAUGCGUUACAGUAGAUACCUCCAGCUCUUCAGCUCCACUUUCGGAGACAAAAUGAAGAACAUCUUCGCCGUCUUCCCCAUCUACUACCUCUCCGGCGGCACAUGCUGUGCCCUCAUCAUAGUUGGUGGCUCCAGCAUGAAGCUCUUCUAUGAGAUCUUGUGUGGCCACGAGUGCACUUCCAAGCCCCUCACUACGGUGGAGUGGUACUUGGUGUUUACGUGCGCCGCGGUGGUUCUGUCUCAGCUCCCCAACCUGAACUCCAUUGCCGGAGUCUCGCUGAUCGGCGCGAUCACCGCCAUUGGUUACUGCACCAUCAUGUGGCUCGUUGCCGUCACGGAGGGCAGGCUCGACGGCGUUUCUUAUGACCCUAAAAAGGAAAACUCCAAUACUGCUAUGAUCUUCAGCAUUCUCAACUCUCUUGGGAUUAUUGCUUUUGCUUUCAAGGGUCACAAUCUUACACUAGAAAUUCAGGCAACUAUGCCUUCAAGUGACAAAAAGCCAUCUCAUGUGCCAAUGUGGAGAGGGGUAAAGAUUGCAUAUUUCAUCAUCGCAUUGUGCUUAUUUCCUCUAGCAAUUGGUGGAUAUUGGGCUUACGGACACUUGAUACCACCAAAUGGGGGGAUGCUUACUGCAAUCUAUCAAUACCACGGGCGCGACACUUCGAAAUUCAUUCUUGCACUGACCAGCUUAUUCGUCGUUGUGAAUGCUGUAAGCUCAUUCCAAAUCUUUGGGAUGCCCAUGUUUGAUGAUAUGGAGUCCAAGUACAUCACUCGCUUUAACAAACCGUGCCCGUGGUGGCUCCGAUCGAUUUCUCGGGCCAUGUUCGGAUUCGGCUGCUUCUUCAUAGCCGUCGCAAUCCCCUUCUUGGGUAGCUUUGCCGGUCUCAUUGGAGGGAUUGCCAUCCCGAUCACCUUUGCUUAUCCUUGUUUCUUGUGGUUGAAGAUUAAGAAGCCCGAAAAGUUCAGCUUCAUGUGGUUGCUAAAUUGGACUCUGGGACUUCUCGGCACCGCUCUCAGUGUCAUACUAAUUGCUGCCGGCAUUUAUGUUGUCAUCGACACCGGAAUUCAAGUCAGCUUCUUCAAGCCUCAAUAAUCUACUCUAUGAUCAGUACUACAUCAAGAUUCAGUUCAUUAAUUCAUUAGGAUUCCCUUGCAUCCCAUAUUCCUGUUGUUUCAUGGUGAUGAUAGAUACAUGCUAUAUUUUGUGAUACAUAAUAAAUCUUAAUAUAUAUCAGUACUUUGGUGUUGUACAGUGGAUUGCAAUUUUGUUAUAUGCAAUGAAUUAGAUAAUGGUAUUGCAAAUUAA